AUAAAAGCAUAAAAGACAUUCCUCCAAAUUCCGAAACUUGGAUAAGAAACUGCAAGGAGAGAAGAUACCUCAAAGGAAAAAAGAAGAGGAGAGAGAGAGAGAGACCAUGAAUGUUGAAGAAGAGGUUGAAAGACUCAAAGAAGAAAUCCAAAGGCUUGGCAAGGUCCAGCCUGAUGGUUCCUACAAGGUUACUUUUGGUGUGUUGUUCAAUGACGAUAGGUGUGCAAACAUAUUUGAGGCAUUGGUAGGUACGCUAAGAGCCGCAAAGAAGCGUAAAUUUCUUACAUAUGACGGUGAGUUGUUGCUACAAGGAGUCCAUGACAAUGUGGAAAUCAUUCUCAAGGCAGCACCCCUCCCAGCAUCAGAACCGGCAACUGAUUCAGUUGUGAAGAAUUAAGAGUGUGGAGUUUGUAUCCAGCAGAUCCUUUUGUUGUGACAUAUAUCUUGAUGUAUGAAUAAUACUUUGUUCUAAUUA